GGGAAUUGUCACCGGAUUCGUAUCACAAGAAUUAUAAUUAUAAUUAUAAUCAUAACCCUGCAGCAGCAACAGCAGCAGCAACAGCAGCAGCAGCAACAGCAACAACAGUAGUUUUACAAUCACAGCCAACAAUUCAUGAUUUGAUUACAGGUCCGACACUGGAUUCAUCAUCGCUUCAAUUUAUGUUAUUUUUGAAUCAUAACGUUAUUAAAGAUGAUGUCUUUUUAGCUCAACCUACUUUAUCUCAUCAUGAUGUUUUAUUAUACCCUAAUACUACUACUACUACUACUACUACUACUACUACUACUACUACUAUAGACCAUGAUGAUAAUGCUUCACUUAGUAGUCAUUCUUCUUCUUCUCAACAUAGUGACAAAUUGACUUCUCCUUGUCUAUCACCCGUUACUUCUCCUACUAUUUUCUUAUAUAAUCAUGAACCAUUAUUUGAAGGUGGUAUUAUUGAAGAAAGAUCACCACUACUACCACCAUCCUCUUCUUCUUCUACUACUACUACUUGUAGUUUACUUGCUGAUGACCAAGAAGAGGAUGAUGAUCUUUCCUCUAUUCUAACAACAGAUACAUUAGACCAACAAACAAGUCUUCGAAAGAGUACAUCUAAUAACGAUCUUGACUGGUUAAAACUUCUUAAUGCCUUUCAUGCAGAUGUUGCCUGUGACCUGCCUCCAGCUUGUUUUGAUACAUCAUCGAAUGAAGAAACGAUUCAUAUAGAUUUAUUGGAUCAAGAUGAAUUUUCAAUUAAAAUAGAUUCUAAUUCUACUAAUACCUUGAAGAAACGUAAACGAUACUCUUCUCAUCAUAGAGAACAACCGUCUAUAACAAAUAUGUUGACUAUUUUCAAUACGAAAGAUGUGAUGACUACUACUACUACUAAAAGCAGUAACGACGUGGUGGAACAAGCUGAUGUACGUCAAAAACGCCGAAAGAAAAAUCAUCAUCAACAACAAAAGACAGUUUUAAAAAAAAAGAAAAAGCAAAAUUAUGAGGGUGAUAAAAAGAAAAUUUUAUCAGUAAAUAAAGAAGAAUUAGAUCAAAAAGAAAAUUUUGUAGGCAAUCAGCUGAUAGAACCUAUUAUGAAAACAUAUGAUAAGAAGACCAUGUUUCAACAUUUAACAGAGGCCAAUAUUGACUGGUGUAGAUAUUGUGGUACUACUGAAGGAGUUAAUUGGAGACCUGGGCCAUGGGGUAAAAGAACACUCUGCAAUAAACAUGGAUGCGAUUAUAAAGGCUAUGGUCUUGCAAGUCGUCUGCCUCGACUCGAUCUUUCAGCUUUUAUAAAUGAAAAGUUAGAAGAUCGUUUACGUCCAGUUGUUCAAUACUUUUGUAUCAUAUGUCAAUCUCCAGAACAAACAAAUGAAGAGAAUCCUUUGAUUCUUUGUGAAGGAGGCUGUUCUCGUGCAUAUCAUCAACAUUGUUAUACACCCGCGAUAACCAUUCAUCCAAUCAAUGAUUCUGUACGUUGGUAUUGUAGUGCAUCAUGUAAGGAGAAUCGUAAACGCAACAAAGUUGUUGUUGAAUUACCACGUAAACAUAUGCCUUUAAUGCAUUUAUUACCCAAUAUUCUAAAGAAAAAGAAAAACUAAUAAUUACUUGAUUGUAUAUUAUUGAUUAUUACCAUUUACAUUAUUUUAUUUUUAAUAUACAAGUCAUUUACUGUAUAUGUAUUUCCCUUAUUAAAUAUGUAUAAAGUUAAUACUUUAAAAAAA